UCGAACUGUCAAGAGUGUUCAUAACAAGCCGGAUUGUGUGCAGCGUUUAGUCAACAGAGGAAAAUAUAAAACAAAUUUCCAUCGAAAAUUCGCAUGCGAACAUAUUGAAAAUCGUUUAAAUCAUGGCUGAUGCAGCGGCAAGACAGCUGCAGUACGAGUACAAAGCGAACUCUAAUCUUGUUCUGCAAGCCGAUGUGCGUUUAAUAGAGCGGCCACGGAGGGAUGAAGCGACCGGUGAGGUUUUGACCUUGGUAGGUAAACUGGAAGGAACCAGGAUGGGAGACAGGGCACAGAGGACGAAGCCGGAGAAAACCGAGGAGCGGAAGGCCAAGCGGCAAAAGCGUGACGAGGCUCAGUACGAUUUUAACAGUAUGAAGGGAGCCACUUUGCUCUCAGAAGGAAUCGAUGAGAUGGUCGGCAUUGUGUACCGACCGAAGACGCAGGAAACGCGUCAAACUUAUGAGGUACUACUGAGUUUCAUCCAAGAAGCGAUCGGUGAUCAACCGCGGGAUAUUUUGUGUGGUGCGGCCGAUGAGAUCCUGGCCGUACUGAAGAACGACAAACUGAAAGAUCGCGAGAGAAAACGAGAAAUCGACGGGCUGCUGGGGUCAGUUACCGAUGAACGAUUCGCUUUGCUGGUUAACCUGGGCAAAAAAAUUACCGACUUCGGGACGGGAGUGACCAAUACCACGGGUUUGGCCGCGGAAGAGCAGAUUGACGAGACCUACGGGAUUAAUGUCCAGUUUGAAGAGUCCGAGGAAGAGAGCGACGAGGACAAAUAUGGAGAGAUUCGGGAUGAUGAUGUGCAGGAUGAGGGUGAAGAGGCGCGUGAUGAUGGAAUGUUACAUGCAGAGAACCUCGGCGGCAACGAGGAAGGCAAGAAGGAGAAACCACUGGAUCCGCGAGAUAUCGACGCGCAUUGGCUGCAACGUUGUUUGCGAAAGUACUACAACGAUUCGAUGCUUUCCCAGGCAAAAGCUGGAGAGGUUCUAGGAGUACUGAAGGACGCCGGGGACGAUCGGGAGUGCGAGAAUCAGCUGGUGUUGCUGUUGGGCUACGACUGUUUCGAUUUCAUCAAGGUCCUCAAAAAGAACCGACAAAUGGUGCUGUACUGUACGAUGCUGGCAUCAUCGCAAAGUGAAAGCGAACGGGUUAAGACCAGAGAGAAAAUGAAGGCGGAUGCGUUCUUGUCGAAGAUUCUGCGACAGCUGGACACGGGCAAGCAGGAGAUGGAUGAUUACGAGAGUGAGAAGUCAAAGAUGCAGCGCAGAAGGAAGGACCAGGAUGAUGAUAACAUGGAGGGAAUUGGGGGACAAAUUCCUGGCAAUAGGACUGUGCUGGAGCUGGAUGAAUUGGCAUUCUCGCAGGGAUCCCAUUUGAUGGCUAACAAGCGGUGUCAACUGCCGGAUGGCAGUUUUCGGAAGCAGAGGAAGGGCUACGAAGAAGUGCACGUUCCUGUGUUGAAACCAAAGGCGUUCGAAGAGAACGAGGAGCUGAUGGCGGUUGAUAAGCUGCCCAAGUAUGUCCAGCCGGUAUUUUCAGGGUUCAAAACGUUGAACCGAAUUCAAAGCAGGCUGUACAAAACAGCUUUGGAUAGCGAUGAGAAUCUGUUGCUGUGUGCUCCUACCGGUGCUGGCAAGACGAAUGUGGCGUUGUUGACCAUGAUGAGGGAAAUUGGAAAGCACAUCAACGAUGACGGAACAAUCAACGUGGACGAGUUCAAGAUCAUUUACAUUGCCCCGAUGCGUUCCUUGGUACAGGAAAUGGUCGGCAAUUUUGGAAAGCGACUCGCCACGUAUAAUUUGACUGUUUCUGAGUUGACCGGAGAUCAUCAGCUAAGCCGCGAACAGAUUGCAGCGACUCAAGUCAUUGUUUGCACUCCGGAAAAGUGGGAUAUUAUCACGAGAAAGGGUGGCGAGAAGACGUAUACACAGUUGGUACGGUUGGUGAUCAUCGAUGAAAUUCAUUUGCUCCAUGAUGAACGCGGUCCGGUGUUGGAGUCGCUAGUGGCCAGGACGAUUCGGAACAUCGAAACGACUCAGGAAGACGUUCGUUUGGUGGGACUGUCUGCCACUCUACCAAAUUAUCAUGACGUGGCGACGUUUCUCAGAGUUCGGCCGGAGACGGGAUUGUUCUACUUCGAUAACAGCUAUCGGCCAGUGGCGUUGGAGCAGCAGUACAUCGGUGUAACUGAGAAGAAAGCCCUCAAACGGUUCCAGGUGAUGAAUGACAUUGUCUACGAGAAGGUUAUGGAACAUGCUGGCAAAAAUCAAGUGCUGGUGUUUGUUCACUCCCGGAAGGAAACCGGCAAGACAGCACGAGCCAUUCGUGACAUGUGUUUGGAGAAGGACACCCUCGGAAGUUUUCUGCGGGAAGGUUCCGCCAGUAUGGAAGUUCUGCGAUCCGAAGCGGAUCAGGUCAAGAAUGGUGAGCUGAAGGAUCUUCUUCCGUAUGGUUUUGCCAUCCAUCAUGCUGGUAUGACUCGCGUUGAUCGUACCCUUGUGGAGGAUCUUUUCGCUGAUCGUCACAUCCAAGUGCUCGUCUCCACAGCCACCCUCGCAUGGGGUGUGAACUUACCAGCGCACACGGUCAUCAUCAAGGGAACCCAAGUUUAUAAUCCCGAGAAAGGCCGCUGGGUUGAAUUGGGUGCUCUUGACGUUCUGCAAAUGCUUGGUCGAGCGGGUCGUCCCCAGUACGAUACCAAAGGCGAGGGUAUCCUCAUCACCAACCACAGCGAACUUCAGUACUAUCUGUCACUGCUCAAUCAACAGUUGCCUAUUGAAUCGCAGCUGAUUUCCAAAAUGCCGGACAUGCUGAAUGCCGAAAUCGUUCUCGGUACGAUUCAGAACGUGAAGGACGCCGUUACCUGGCUAGGGUAUACCUAUCUAUACAUCCGUAUGCUUCGUCAGCCGACGCUGUACGGAGUUUCGUUCGAUGCGAUCAAGGAGGAUCCACUGUUGGAACACUUCCGCGCGGAUUUGGUUCACACAGCAGCGCUGCAUCUCGAGAAAAGUGGUCUGAUCAAAUACGAUCGGAAAUCGGGACACUUCCAGGUGACAGAGAUCGGAAGAAUCGCUUCCCAUUACUACUGUACCCACGAAACUAUGCUGACCUACAAUCAGCUUCUGAAACCCACGCUUAGUGAGAUUGAGCUGUUCCGGGUGUUCUCGCUGUCCGGAGAAUUCCGCAACAUCACGGUUCGCGAGGAGGAAAAGUUGGAAUUGCAGAAGCUAAUGGAACGAGUUCCAAUUCCGAUCAAAGAGAGCAUGGAAGAACCCAGCGCAAAGGUAAACGUUCUUCUGCAGGCCUAUAUUUCUCAGCUCAAGUUGGAAGGGUUUGCACUUAUGGCGGAUAUGGUGUACGUAACACAGUCUGCUUCCCGGCUGCUUCGGGCUAUUUUCGAAAUUGUUCUCCACCGGGAAUGGGCACAGCUGGCGGAUAAGUGUUUAACCCUCUGCAAAAUGAUCGAUCGUCGUAUGUGGCAAAGUAUGUCGCCGCUGAGGCAGUUCCGCAAGAUGCCCGAGGAAAUAGUCAAGAAGAUCGAAAAAAAGAACUUCCCAUGGGAGCGACUUUAUGAUCUGGAGGCGAACGAGAUCGGGGAGUUGAUCCGUGUCCCAAAACUGGGAAAAACGAUUUAUAAAUAUGUCCAUCAGUUCCCGAAGCUGGAGCUUUCGACACACAUCCAGCCAAUCACACGAUCGACGUUGAGGGUAGAGCUAACGAUCACUCCCGAUUUCCAAUGGGAUGAGAAAGUGCACGGUCAGUCGGAGGCUUUCUGGAUUCUGGUCGAAGAUGUAGACUCCGAGGUUAUUCUGCACCAUGAAUAUUUCCUGCUGAAGGCUAAAUAUUGUCAAGAUGAUCAUCUGGUGAAGUUCUUUGUCCCCGUCUUUGAACCUCUACCCCCACAAUAUUUUCUGCGAAUCGUCUCCGACCGUUGGAUCGGAGCGGAGACACAGCUGCCGGUGUCCUUCCGACAUUUGAUUCUACCGGAGAAGAACCUUCCACGCACGGAACUGCUGGAUUUGCAGCCCCUUCCAAUCAGUGCCCUUCGGGAGCCUAACUUUGAGCAACUUUAUUCGGACAAAUAUCCACAGUUUAAUCCGAUUCAGACGCAAGUGUUCAACGCCGUCUAUAACAGUGAGGAUAACGUAUUUGUAGGAGCCCCAACGGGGUCCGGUAAGACCACGAUCGCAGAGUUUGCCGUACUGAGAAUGCUGCAGCAGAAUCCCCACGGUAGGGUGGUAUAUUUGGUGUCCAGGGACGCGCUGGCCGAAUUGAUUUUCAUGGAUUGGCAUCAGAAGUUCGGACAAUAUUUGGGCUGCAAGGUGGUGAAGCUAACCGGUGAAACGGGUACCGAUUUGAAGCUGAUCGCAAAGGGUCAAAUAAUUGUAACCACCGCAGACAAGUGGGAUAUUCUGUCGCGUCGCUGGAAGCAAAGGAAAAACGUCCAGAACAUCCAGCUGUUUAUCGUGGACGAACUACAGCUGAUCGGAGGAGAGGAAGGACCGGUUUUGGAAGUGGUCUGUUCCCGUAUGCGUUACAUAUCCUCCCAAAUUGAGAAACAAAUCCGGAUCAUCGCACUAUCGUCGUCUCUGUCCGACGCGAGGGAUGUCUCUCAGUGGUUGGGAUGCAACGCAAAUGCUACCUUCAAUUUUCACCCUAGCGUACGCCCAAUUCCCCUUGAGCUGCACGUUCAAGGGUUCAACAUAACUCACAACGCAUCGAGGAUCGCUGCAAUGUCGAAACAGGUGUACAAUGCCAUCACCAAAUUCAGUCCCCACAAACCGGUGAUCGUGUUCGUGUCGUCGAGAAAACUGGCUCGACUUACGGCGAUCGAUAUCCUAACGUAUUGCGCUGCGGAAGCUCAACCAAAUCGAUUCUUCCACGCGGAGGAAGACGACAUCAAGCCCUUCCUGGAUCGGAUGACGGAUAAGACACUGAAGGAAACCCUCUCCCAAGGGGUUGCCUACAUCCACGAGGGGUUGACCCCGUCGGAUCAUCGAAUUGUCGAACAGUUGUUCGAUUCGGGGGCGGUUCAAAUUGCUGUGGUCACGCGAGAUCUUUGCUGGGGAUUGAACAUUUCCGCCUACCUGGUGGUGAUCAUGGAUACGCAAUUCUACAAUGGCAAAAGUCACUCCUAUGAUGAUUAUCCGAUCACGGACGUCAUGCAGAUGGUGGGAAAGGCUAAUCGUCCACUGGAGGAUGACGACGCCAAGUGUGUUUUGAUGUGUCAGAGCUCGAAGAAGGAUUUCUUCAAAAAGUUCUUGAAUGAGAGUCUGCCAGUGGAGAGUCACUUGGAUCAUCGUUUACACGAUCACUUCAAUGCUGAGAUCGUUACGAAAACUAUUGAAAACAAGCAGGAUGCCGUCGAUUAUUUGACCUGGACCUUCCUUUAUCGACGCCUCACACAGAACCCCAAUUACUACAAUCUACAGGGUGUAACCCAUCGCCACCUAUCCGAUCACCUUUCGGAGCUAGUCGAGACAACUCUUUCGGAUCUUGAACAGUCCAAGUGUAUCAGCAUUGAAGACGAAAUGGAUACCCUGCCGUUGAAUCUGGGAAUGAUUGCUGCCUAUUACUACAUUAACUAUACAACGAUCGAGCUGUUCAGUUUGUCUUUGAACAGCAAAACCAAAAUCCGUGGACUGUUGGAGAUCAUUUCAUCGGCUGCCGAGUACGAGGACGUCGUAGUGCGUCAUCAUGAGGAUAACAUCUUGAAAAGUUUGGCUCAACGCUUGCCAAAUAAACUCACCGGACCCAAUGGAACCGCUCCCAAAUAUAACGAUCCCCAUGUCAAAACCAACCUGCUGCUCCAGGCACACCUCUCGCGCUUACAGCUCGGAGCUGAACUGCAAGGUGACACCGAGCAAAUCCUUGGCAAGGCGAUCCGCCUGAUUCAGGCAUGUGUGGACGUCCUCAGCUCGAACGGUUGGCUUUCGCCGGCGGUCGCUGCCAUGGAGCUAGCCCAGAUGGUGACCCAAGCGAUGUGGAGCAAAGACUCUUAUCUCAAGCAAUUGCCCCACUUCGGCGGGGACAUCAUCAAGCGUUGUCAGGAGAAAAACAUCGAGACCGUGUUCGAUAUCAUGGAGCUGGACGAUGACGAUCGCAUCCGGUUGUUGCAGCUUAGCGACCAGCAGAUGUCCGAUGUGGCGCGGUUCUGCAAUCGCUAUCCGAACAUCGAGAUGACGUUCGAAGUGGUGGACAGGGAUCGUAUCCAUUCGGGUUCGUCGGUGAACGUGGUGGUCAAUCUGGAGCGCGAGGACGAUGUCACUGGGCCGGUGAUUGCGCCGUUCUUCCCACAGAAACGCGAGGAAGGCUGGUGGGUUGUGAUUGGAGAUCCCAAGACGAACUCACUGCUCUCCAUCAAACGCCUAACGCUCCAACAGAAGGCCAAGGUCAAGCUGGACUUCGUCGCGCCAAGCCCGGGUCAUCACGAGUACACGCUGUACUACAUGAGCGACUCGUAUCUAGGUUGCGAUCAGGAGUACAAGUUCAGCAUCAACGUGGGCGACUUCCAGUCGGAGAGCGAGAGCGAGUCCGAUUAAGCAGGCAGAGAGCAGGUCAGGUAAUCGAUUUCAUCCAUCAUCCGUUUUCGUUACCGCCGGAAGUUAAUGUCAAUGUCAGAAUGUAAUUGAUAGAGGAGACUUCACACCCUACGAGAAUAAAUAUCCACCUUUAAAAUCA